ACAUUUAAAAGUUGUCCGAAACAAUUUGCUCAAAUGUAUACAAUACACGUCGAUUUAAGGAGUACAGCAACUGAGACCAACGUUUACCCAGCGCUUUUUGCAUUUCUGCCUGAUAAGAGACAAGCAACUUACAUUGCAAUGCUUCAGGAAGUGAAACGUUGGUGCCCUAAGUGGAAGCCGGACAUUAUAAAAUUGGAUUUUGAAGCCGCAGCCAUCAAUAGUUGUAUGUUAGAAUUUCCCAGUUCAACUAUUUCCGGUUGUAACUUUCAUUUUAAUCAAUGUUUGUGGCGUAAGAUACAAGAAGUGGGUCUAGUAAAUGAAUAUAAAGAGAACGAAGAUAUAAGAAAUGUUUGUAGAAUGAUUUCUGCAUUAGCUUACUUGCCAAUGGAACACAUAGAUGAUGCUUGGAGCAUUGUAUGGGAAAAAGCUUUUAGCAUUGACAAACUUACCAUAUUCAUUGAUUAUUUUGUCGAGCAGUGGAUGGACAAUCCAAAUAUGCUCAUUAAAGUAUGGAACGUAUAUGGACAGCGUCAUAGGACAAAUAAUUCUGUUGAAGAGUGGAAUUCCAAAUUAAAUGCAAUCACUGGCAGAAACCAGCCUAAUGUCCACUUAUUAGUCAGAAUACUAAAAGAAGAAACACAUAAAGUGCCUUUUAAUUUGAAAUCCAGAGAAUUAGGCGACCCUGGAAUAAAAAGGAAAAAAGCAUACGUAAAAUUGGAUGAAAGAAUUGAAAACAUCCUUAAGGAAUUCGAAACAUCAAGCAAUUUAGAAAAAUGUCUGAAAUCUUUAAGUUUUGUAACUAGGUUGGACUAAAUCCAAUGGUAAAUGAUAUUUAUGCCUUUAUAAUAAAGGUUAAUUAGUAUUUA